AUGUCAAGCGACGCGUUAGAUGGUCCAAGCAUUCCCGAUAUCGAAUUGCCCCGCAUCGUGCAAAGCACUGUAGCUACUGUAGCCGGGGGCGAUUGUGAUUCGCGGUCCUGGGGAAACGAGGAAAUCACAUCCUCGGCAGGGUCCUCUGGCAGCUCAGCGAAUGCUGCACGGAUCGCCUGCACCAUCCCGGAAGAGGCAAAACAUGUCGUUCCCCCUCGCGCAGACAUCAAGAGGGAUAGGUGA